UUCCAAAGUAUGUAGCGGGACCAGAAGAGGAGAACACAUAGUAAAACCACCUGAUAGUAUCUGGAUAUGAGGUGAAGAAGAUACUAUCAUGGUUAAAGAGCAGUACCACGAGGCUGAUGUCUGUAAGAAGAUAGCAGAGAUACAGUUCAGUAUCUUCUCUCCUGAUGAUAUGGCUAAAACAUCCCACAUUCAGGUGGUGAACAAGAAUCUGUACGAUCACAGCCAGAACACGAGAGAGGCUGUGCCUUAUGGAGUUUUAGAUAGGAGAUUAGGAGCGGGCUCGAAGAAAGUAGACUGUACAACAUGUAACCUGCCCCUGGCGGAGUGUAUAGGACAUUACGGUUACAUACAGCUCCAACUCCCGGUAUUUCACAUCGGCUACUUCAAGACAAUAACCCAGAUCCUGCAGUGUAUCUGUAAGAGUUGUUCUGCAGUUCUCCUGCCGCUUUCUGAGAGAAACAAGUAUCUCACCAUGUUCAAACGGCUCAAUAUGAACAGGAUCACUCAGAAGGCACUCAUGAAAAAGAUAAUAGUGUCCUGCAAGAAGAAAGGGUCCUGUCCCGCCUGUGGGGUCAGUAACGGUGUUGUAAAGAAAGCAGCCCUCCUGAAAAUAGUACACGACUACGGUCGCAGUCCAGGCAAGACUAAGAAACACGACACUAUCAGUAAACACAACACCCUGUUUAGAGAUGCUAUCUCGUAUAAUAAGGAGGUAGCUCCCCUCGUCAACAAGGCUGUGGAGAUUAUUACUCCUCUUAAAGCUCUGGAACUGUUUAAGAACAUCCGACCUGACGAGAUAGUCCUGCUGGGGAUGAACCCUAACAUAGGACGUCCCUGUGACCUGAUCUUACAGCGGAUCCUAGUCCCGCCUCUCUGUAUUCGUCCCACUGUGGAGGUGGACGCUUCUACUACUAACGAGGACGAUCUAACUACUAAACUAACUGAGAUCGUGUUCUUGAACAAUGUUAUUCAGACAAACAUGCAGAGUGGCACUCAGGUAUCGAAGCUAAUGGAGACGUGGGAUUACCUCCAAAUACAAUGUGCUCUGUACAUCAACUCAGAAACAUCUGGGAUUCCACUCAACAUGGCCCCCAAGAAACCUGCGAGAUGUUUUUACCAACGUUUAAAGGGAAAACAGGGCCGAUUUAGAAGUAAUUUGUCUGGAAAACGUGUCAACUUUUCAGCCAGAACAGUAAUAUCCCCCGACCCUAAUCUCAGGAUUGACGAGGUUGCUGUCCCAAAGCACGUAGCAAUGAUAAUGACAUUCCCAGAAGUUGUCACAAAAGCGAAUAUCAACGAAUUGAGAAAGUUAAUUAAAAACGGGCCUGACCGCUGGCCAGGUGCCAAAUUCUACCAAGCAAACAAAGAAGGGUCCAUAAAGAAGUUCCUGAAGUUUGCAAACAGGGACGAAGUAGCAAAACUACUGAAACCAGGGGAUAAAGUAGAGCGACAUCUAAAGGACGGGGACGUUGUGUUGUUCAACAGACAGCCCAGUCUUCACAAAGUCAGCAUGAUGGCUCACUAUGCGGUGGUGAAGCCGCACAGAACCUUCCGGUUUAACGAGUGUGUCUGUAAUCCUUAUAAUGCUGACUUUGAUGGAGACGAGAUGAACCUUCAUCUUCCUCAAACUCAGGAAGCCCGAGCGGAAGCAGAAGCUCUGAUGGGAGUUAAAGCUAACCUAGCGACACCUAGAAACGGGGAGCCGCUCAUAGCUGCUAUCCAGGACUUUAUUACCGGAGCUUAUCUUCUCAGUCAUAAGGACGUGUUCCUGGACAGGUCCCACAUUGAGCAGAUCUGCAGUUCAGUAGUUGCUGGCAGGGACAUAACUCUGAAGAUGGUCCUUCCUCCUCCAGCUCUCCUCAAACCUGUUAAAAUGUGGACAGGGAAGCAGGUGUUCGGUCUUAUCAUAUCGCCUGACAAUACCAUCAAGCUGAACCACAGAGCUAAGAACAAACAGUAUACUUCGGGAGAGGAGCUCUGUCACAAAGACGGAUUUGUCGUAAUAAGAAACAGUGAGUUGCUGGCAGGAGCACUGGACAAGGCCUUACUGGGGGGAGGCAGCAAGUCCAACAUAUUCUACAUCCUCCUCAGGGACUACGGGCCUGACGCUAGUGCUGAUGCUAUGUCACGUCUAGCUAGACUCAUACCCACUUUCUUAUCUCAUAGAGGGUUCAGCAUAGGUAUAGGAGACGUUACACCAGGACAGGGUCUGAUCGAGGCUAAACAGCGUCUCCUAGAGGAGGGCUACGCAGCGUGUGACGGUUACAUUGAGGACUUUAAACUGGGGAAACUGGAAACACAGCCUGGGUGCACAGCAUCAGAGACACUGGAGGCUGUCAUCCUCAGGGAACUAUCUGUGAUACGAGAGCAUGCUGGUAAAGCGUGUUUGUCAGAGUUAGAUAAAACAAACGCCCCCAUGAUCAUGGCUCUGUGUGGGAGUAAGGGUAGCAACAUCAACAUUUCGCAGAUGAUAGCAUGUGUUGGACAGCAAGCUAUAAACGGUAAACGGACCCCAGAUGGGUUUGAAGCUCGGUCCUUGCCCCACUUCCCUCGAAACAGUGUGAUUCCUGAUGCUAAGGGGUUCGUGGCUAACAGUUUCUACUCCGGUCUAACUCCUACUGAGUUCUUCUUUCAUACUAUGGGAGGCAGAGAAGGACUGGUGGACACAGCAGUAAAAACAGCAGAGACAGGGUACAUGCAGCGCCGUCUCACUAAAUCAAUAGAGGACCUGUGUGUUCAGUACGAUCAGACAGUACGAAACAGCACGGGAGGAAUCGUACAGUUUACGUACGGGGACGACGGGCUGGAUCCUACUAACAUUGAGGGUAAAGGGAUACCUGUGGAGCCACUCAGAGUUCUCCAACACGUUCAAAACAUCAUACCCUCCAGGGAAGAACCGAUGCUGACUCGAGCACAAAUCAUUCAAGUCCUUGAAACAAAGUUCGACGAUGUCUUUGAGGAUAUCUUUAUCAAACUCCGUGAAAAUCUCAAAGACUUCCUGUAUAAGUUUGCAGAAGAAGUUGGUGUAGUGGAGGACUACUUUGCUCGGGCCGGACCUUCUCACUCUGUAGUACUGCAAACUAAACGUGUUACAGCGAGUCAGCUGGAGAAGUUCCUUAAACUCAUGUACAAGAAGUUCAUGGCUUGUAAAGUGGAACCUGGGACUGCUGUUGGAGCGUUAGGUGCACAGAGUGUCGGCGAGCCCGCUACUCAGAUGACCCUGAAGACGUUCCAUUUUGCGGGGGUAGCUACCAUGAACAUCACACUGGGGGUCCCCAGAAUCAAGGAGAUUGUUAAUGCUGCUAAUAAUAUAGCGACCCCUAUAAUCACUGCUCCACUGGAAGUUGCCACAAGUAUUGACUCAGCUCGGAUUGUUAAGGGACGGAUUGAGAAAACACUACUGGGAGAGAUUUCUGAGUACAUCGAGGAGGUGUUCCUGCCGCAAGACUGCUACAUUUUCGUGAAACUGCACGUGCAGAGAAUACGGAUGUUAAAGCUGGAGAUAACCGCUCACACCGUUAUGAAGAGUAUCAUCAAGAACAGCAAAGUGAAGUUGACUUCGUCUGAUGUUAGGAUUAACAACGCUACUAGUCUUGCGGUGUACCCACCCUCUGGCGGUACUAAAAACAAAACAAAGCAAUCAACAGAAACACUCUACUCUCUUAUACAGCAAAUAAAGAAGAUACUGCCCGCCAUCGUAGUCAAAGGAAUCCCUACAGUCAAUCGCGCUAUUAUUCACAAGGAAGCAACAGAUAACACGUACAAGUUGUUAGUAGAGAGCAGGAGUUUGAACGAAGUGAUGGUGACACGUGGGGUCGACUGGAAGAAAACUACCAGUAAUCACAUACUCGAGGUUGCCAAGACACUAGGAAUUGAGGCAGCUCGCUCAGUAAUCAUAUCGGAGAUCGUGUACACGAUGAAUAGUCACGGAAUGAGCAUUGACAUUCGACACGUCAACUUGCUCAGUGACAUCAUGACUUACGUCGGGCAGGUGCUCGGUAAUACUCGUUUUGGUCUUGAUAAGAUGAAGGAGAGUGUACUACAUUUGGCGUCCUUUGAAGCUACCACUGAUCACCUGUUUGAUGCCUCCUACCACGGCCUAAACGACAAGAUCAGCGGAGUGUCUGAGUGCAUCAUAAUGGGACUCCCUAUGAACAUUGGAACGGGAAUAUUCAAGCUACUUCACAAACCCUAUCAUAGGAGACAACCCAAGCCUCGAGAACUGAUAUUUGACAGAUAGAUUCACUUUUUACAAUUGUAGCCGGGGUCUAUUUUAACUUUUUAUGUAAUUGAGUGCAUUUAAUUUAUUAUCUUUUUAAUCUUUUAGUUUUACGAAACAAUUGUAAUCA